AUGCGUUACGCCCCAGCACUCCCGCUACUGCUGGCACCGCUGGUGCUCCAGGUCCUUGCCAGACCGGCCGCCAAGGGUAUCGGUGCGGUCUAUCUGAUCACGAAUGAGAAGGACAACGCUGUCCUAGCUAUGCCCAUCCAGAGAGAUGGCCUGUUAUCGGCCGGAAAGUUUGUAUCGACAGGCGGCUCUGGUGCCAACGGCAUCGACGGCUCGACCAACAAAUCCGCCGCUCCCGAUGCCCUGUUCAGCCAGUCCAGCUUGACGGUGUCUGGUCAGAACCUGUUUGCUGUCAAUGCGGGUUCCAACACCGUCUCCAUGUUUGCAAUCGACGCCCGCGACCCGACAAAGCUGAAGAUGGUCGGCAAGCCGGCAGCUGUGCCUGGCGAAUUCCCCUCGACUGUGGCCUCAUCGGCCAAGCACAACCUGGUCUGCGUCGGCACCACCGGCGCCAAGGCCGGCGUCUCAUGUGCCACCUUCUCUGCCAAGGGGCUCGGGACCAUGGAUGCGCUCCGCCCCUUCAAACUCGGCCAGUCCACGCCUCCCGUGGGUCCUACCAACACGGUCUCGCAGGUCUUCUUCUCCGACGAUGGCGCCACUCUGUUCUCUACCGUCAAGGGCGACCCGACCAAGAACAACACCGGCUUUCUGGCUGCCUUCUCGGUCACCGCUGGCAAGAAUUCUAGUGCCGCCGCUGUCAGCAAGCAGGGGAAAAUGACGUCGCCACCGGGCACGGCCGUGCUCUUCGGCUCUUCCACCAUUCCCGGCUCCAAAUCGCUCUUUGUCACGGAUGCGUCCUUUGGCGCGGCCGUCCUGUCUGUCAGCAAGGCUGGUUCCGUCUCGAUGGCCGGCAAGGGAGUCGUGGCAGGUCAGAAGGCUACCUGCUGGGCGGCUGUCAGUAACGCUACAAAGACGGCCUUUGUCACGGACGUAGCUACCAACAGGCUGGUAGAGAUGUCCUUGACCAAUGCCAAAGUCAUCAGCGAGAUCAACCUGAAGAACGGCGACCCCGGAUUGAUCGACCUCAAAGCGGCCGGUAACUUCAUUUACGCCCUGAGCCCUGGCAAUGGCACCAUUCCAGCGGCAGUGACGGUCGUCAGUGCACUAAACAAGACGCAAGUGCAACACUUCCGUCUACGGCACCAAGUUGGCAAGAAUGCUCAGGGAAUGGCUGUGAUGUUGUCAUAA